AUGAUUGCAAUUAGUUCUAGGGCAAGUCCUAUACUUCUCUUUGAUUUGUUUAACGAAGUAAUGUGUGGUGAACAUGUUCGAGAUCGAGAGCUCAUGGAAAGUGUGGGUGGUACAUACUAUCACACAUCGGUCAUGGCUUUCAAUCCAAGUCCCGAAAUCAACUUACUAGUCGUCUCUUAUGGAGAUGGAGAGCUUGUUGUAUUUGACCCAAGAACAAAUGAGCUUAAGCAUCGUAUCCCAGAAGUUCAUGCCCAAACAUUAGCUUGCUCUCCCGAUGGCAGAACGUUGGCAACAGGCAGUCCUUUUGGUACAAUUCGGCUCUUUGAAUUUGACGGCACAGAAGAUGCAAAUCUAUCUUUGAUAUACCGAAUCAAUGCAUACGAUGAAGGGGUCCGAUCGCUGGUUUUCACUGGUGACGGCUUACGUUUUAUUGACAUUCGUGGUUCCCUUUGCAGAGUAUGGGAACUUGCUGCACUCGUUAGAAAACCAUUUAGUGACGGUAACAACAUCGACACAGGUGCGCCAGAAAGAGCGUUGGUUGAGACUGUGGGAAUGAUUGAAGGAAUUUUGAAGCCUGACAUAGCGGCAAUCGCAGUAGGUUCGAGUGGAGAAUGGGUUUUCUGUGGUAGACAGGAUGGCUCUGUUGCUGUCUAUAAUACGCAAGAUGGCCUCGAGAAUACACGUCUCCACCAACAUGCUACGAAUAUUUCAAUUACCAGAAUUGUGUGGGGAGAUGAUACUCGCAUACUAGCCACAGCGGAUGAGUCUGGUCGUAUGCUCAUACAAAGACUAGUGGAGUCUAGCAAUAUAUGGUCACUCUCCGAAACAAUUUUCGACUACCGCUUCCCUGAUGCUAUCACAGGGCUAUCGUUCAAUCCGGAGAACAAUAUCCUUCUCGUUACCACUGCCAGCUUCAGGUACAUUUGGACAAGCAAAAGUGGAGACAUUCAACAUCGUGUAUCCACUGGCCACAAUCUCGAGAAUUACAAGAUAAAUACUCACACCCAAAUAUCAGAUGCAUUCAUUGCCUUUUAUCCUAGUUGUGCCCGAAUAUUCGAAUGGGGAAGUUUGAAAGAAAUAUCAGACCCUGAUGGCAUCAAACUUGACUUCCCUGACGUAGCGUCAUUCCCAGUGACAAUAACCGAGUCGGUCGAAAGCCAACAUACCCUGGUUACACUGACGAAAAGUCGAUUCAAACAAACACUUUCUCAACUUCGAUGUUGGGACACGUCCACUAUUGACCGCCACUCGACAAAUAUAAAAGCAUUUCCUGGUCUUGAAUCUCUUGGUCCAUACAUCUACCACAUCAUUGGUUUGAGCGACAGAAAUUUGUUCUUCUUAGCAACUGAUCUUUGGGUCUGCAGUCUAAAUAUAGAAAAGUUCUGGUUGUCCCCGGAUGUGAAACGCCAUUUCUUCAUCCCGGCCGAUUGGAUUCAUCCUACGGACGAAAUGCAGUUUUACUUGUCAGCCAAGGAAGAAUUUAUCUUCGUAAAGAAAAAUGAGCUAGCGAUCAUCAAACGAGGGUUAGAUUCACCACAGAUAAUAAGGCCACUGCAAUUCCUACCUGGAAAGAAACUUUUCGGAGCUUGCUAUACUGGUAAUUAG